UAAGGAUUAAGGCAGUCGUUGCAUGAGGCUUCAGUCAGACCUGUGUCAGUGCUCUGCGUGAUCUUUGUCCUGCGUGCAUCAGCCUCACCACCGGUUCUCUGCAGGAUUCUGGACAUAAAGACCAAAAACAUCGAUUUAAAAUGGGAGGUUACUGCUCAAACCUGGAUGAUAUACUGGAGGAGGACAUGCACCACUGGUACACCAAGUUCAUGAGGGAGUCGCCCUCGGGGCUCAUCACGCUCUUCGAGCUCAAGACGAUGCUUGAGAUGAACGGGAUGACGGAGGAGGCCAGCAGCUACGUGGACCAGGUCUUCUUCACCUUCGACAUGGACGGGGACGGCUACAUUGACUUUGUCGAGUACAUCGCAGCCAUAAGCUUGUUGCUGAAGGGAGAAAUCAACCAGAAGCUGAAGUGGUACUUUAAGCUGUUUGAUCAAGAUGGAAACGGGAAAAUUGACAAGGAGGAGCUGGAGACGAUAUUCAAGGCAAUUCAAGACAUCACCAGGAGCUACGACGUCCCCCCGGAGGAGAUCGUGACGCUCAUAUACGAGAAAAUCGACGUCAAUGGAGAAGGCGAGCUGACCCUGGAGGAGUUCAUCAGCGGAGCGAGGGAGCACCCCGACAUCAUGGACAUGCUCAGCAAGAUGAUGGAUCUCACCAACGUCCUGGAAAUCAUCAUCAACGGUCAGUCGAAGAAAGCUGAGAACUGAAGCGACGACCAACCAGCUGGGGCCGUGCUGGAGAACGGAGACUGUUCUUACGAUGGAUUUUGAGGAAAGAGUGUUUGUGCUGGACGAGGAGCCAAUCUCAGAAUGCACAGAAUGAAAUAAACGAACAGACGGAGCAGCCCCACGCAGAUAUGAUCCCUCUGUUCGCUGCCCGAGGGACCAAGGGAUUUAAUUGUCCUCUCCCUGCUGCUUGUGCUCUCACCCUCCAGAUUUGUUAAGGUGGUAUCAGAUCGUGUGUGUGUGGAGAGGCUCAGUGAAGGCCGACCCGACUGCUUGCAAGUUCCCAUCAUGCUUCAAGUAGCCGAUGCAAAGCAAGGUGGAUAAAACCCUUUUGCUUUGUGAAGCUGAGACCUCACUGAGCUAGAGAGGGUGUUUGAGCUUGAUGAGUGCAGUCAGUACCAGAAUGUCUUGGGCAGCUUUGGGAUCUUUUUUUUUUCAUAAUUUAACAUCAGAAAUUUUUUUAUAUUUGAACAUUUUGAAUUCACAUUUCAAUUCUGUUCUUCCUGUUGAAGAAAAGUGUAAAACUAAGCGAGACAUAUUGAUAAAAAGGUCUUCACGGAAAGCACCAUGGUAACGUCCUAUAUGCCAAUCAAUGACAUAACUACUGUAUUUGGGUGUUUAAGAUUUUAACGUUAUGUGGUUAACAUCUAAAACAAUCACUGAAAUAGUUUGUUCAUUUGUUUCACUGAGUUGCUCUUGCAUUAAAUUUACACUUUCGGAUUGUUUAAAAAACUUGAUUGUAACUGAAUAUAUAUAUGUAGACGCUGAAUGUUGAUGAAAUGUAAUGUUUCGUAUUAAUUGUGCUGCACCUAAGGUUACAUUGUUGCCUUAAAAAAUCAAUACAGUGGAUUGUUUGUUUCUUUAAAA